CUCUUCAAGCUUCUGACCUGAUCGAGCACAGACCUGAGUGGGAAGACGCGGCCCCCCGCCUCUCCUGGAUGCCACCAUGAGGCUGGUGUCCCUGGUGCUCUUCCUCACCUCUACUCUGCUGGCUUUCGAUGCUGGCCACGCACUUCUAGGGCUAGUGGAGGGGGAAAGAAGGGGGCAGAAAGUGUGGGCCAGAGCGGGGAGUUCGGCCGUCCUGCCUUGCCACCUGAACCCCAGAAAGAUGCGGAAGAGCUGGAAGCAGCUGCCUGACAAGACAUCCGUGCUGUGGAAGCGGCUCGGGGGAAGUGCCCACCAGGAGCCACACGUGGUGCUGGAGGUGGGCUACUCCGGCCUCCGGAAGACAGCGCUGCCCAUGAGACCCCGGGUGUCGGUCCAGGACUCUGCCUUACGCCAUGGCAACUUCUCCCUGCACAUCAACCCCGUCCGCAGCGAGGACGCUGGGCUCUAUGAGGCACGAGUGGCAUAUGACACGCAGGUCCGGAGCUGCCAGGUGGAGCUGGGGGUAGUCACAGUAACCAUCAGUCCACCCAGCCCGGUGGUAGAAAACGAGCCACUCUUGUUGAGCUGCAACUCCAGCCACCGGGCCAGCCUUGUGGAGACGUGCUGGUUCCACAACGGGCGGCCAGUCCCCACCUCCGGGUCCACCACCUUCUGCUCUUCACAUGGGGCUCUCUCCAUCCUCCGGCCAGCCAUGAGUGAUGCGGGCUCCUGGCGCUGCCAGCUCAGAUACUCCGAUAACGAGAUCAUUUCUGCCAUGUACAACCUGAAAAUUCUAGGUUUUGAUGGCCCAGCUGACCCGGUAGUCUAUGCUACAGCUGGGUCUGCAGCUGAUCUGCCGUGCACCUUGAACUACCCUCCCAAUACCUUUGGGAUCAAUGUGGUGACAGCCCACUGGAGCCACCUUGCAGGAGGACACUUGCAGGACCGGGGUAUCUCUCAGAAUUCGAGCAGCAGAAGCUUCCCCCUUCAUCUCCCUGCAGUGGGGCCAGGUGAUGCAGGGCAGUACCACUGCGCUGUCUCUGUUGGCAGAAAGACAAUCAGCAGGGACGUGACCUUGGCAGUGGUUACAGUCACCCCGAGCAUCCAAGGACCGGUUUCUGAGGGGUCUCGCUUGCUGCUCAUCUGCAGCCUCACGCACCGCCGGGGACAUGAACGUUUCCAAUGGAAGCACCUCGACUCAGCCCCCACUAACAGCAAGGGGGCUGUGGCCAUCUCCCGUCACCUGGAGGAGCACAGGUCCCAGACGGGUCGUAUCUUGGAAAUAACCCGAGUGUCACAAAAGGAUAUGGGCACAUGGGAAUGCAGUGUAUAUGGCCCAGAAGGCAGACUGGCAGCAGUGCAGUACGAGCUGCAGAUCACAGGUGCCCAAGUCUCCAACCCUCCCACCAUCUUCAGCGGGCAGGUUACUUUUGGCCUCACGGUCACCCUCUUCCUCCUGCUUACGGUCUGUGUUCUGGCUCUGGCCCUACAAAAAAGGGCACGGCCUCCUGUCUUCCCAGCGCUGGAAGGGAUGGUUGCAGUCACUGUGCCGAAGAAGGAGAUGGAAGAGAACCAAAAAGAGAAGAUCCAGCAAACUGAGUGCUGACGGGAGAGGG